AUGGUACUAAUUAACAUUCCUUUCUUCAAUUUUUCAUGGCACAUUUAUGAAAUACCUCGACCUUCGAUUUUUUUUAGUUCCAAUCCUUGGCCGAUCGACCAAGGUUUCAUCUGCUGGGGCCGCGGGCAAGAAGCCCAGCCCGGUGCAGUGCGCGCCUACCUUGGGCAGGUCAUUUGCUUCCUUUUGGUCGUUUUUGCGAUAAUGCUGUUUGGCUGGAGUCUGAUUUUUCACAUGGAGGCCUCCUUUUUCGUGCGCGGCGCCUGUUUCGUCUUCACUUUGAUCCUGCUGCUGCUGCUGGUGAUCUACGUCUUUGCCCAGCGGCCCCGACGCGACUGCGGCACCACCUUCCGGCAGCACUUCGAAGUGCAGGAGCUGUGUGUAGGCACCUAUGUGCGCGUGGAUGAGGGCCGGCAUUUCUCCCAGCUCUGCGCUCGCCGUCGCCUGGGACACCUGCAGCUUUGUUUCAGUAGGCGCUUUCCCAAGGCGGAACUCUUAUCUGAGCGGCUGCCUCCAGGUGCUGUUGGCUGUAAGAAUGUGGAGCCACUGGCAGAUCCGCCCCCUGCGUUGGCUGGGGACAGCCAAGAGGUGCAGAAAGAAGUCAUUGAGCAGGAGGGUGGAUUGAACAACAGCUUUUUGGCCAGAGUUGCUGCAGUCCUGGCAGUGCUCUCGCUCAUUGGGGCUGCGUAUGACUACACGGCCUUCCUUGACAAAGUUCGCAUCGACGGGCAGCUCUGUCUCUUCAAGGUCCAUGGCUGCAACUGGCGUGUGGAGAACUCGCGGUUGUUGGGGAAGGUGAAGCGAGUGGAAGGUGCCAAUCCUCCGGCAGACUAUGCUGAAGGUGGUUGCACGGCCGACGGCGAUUACUGUGACUACUUCCUCCGGCCCACGGCGCAUUGCGCCGAGAAGGGCGAAGCCUUCACAAAUGACAUCACGGCGAUCCAUAUCCGUCUGGAGUGCAAGGUCCUCCCGGCUCUUGCGGAAGCCACCACCCGUGUGACCUUCGUGAACCCUUACGAAGGAACGGGCCAGGUCCACACCAUGUUUCUGAUGCAACACGAUCUCACCGUGUGGUCCAUGCCCUUGGACCCCACUUCCACACACUGGAACAAGGUGCUGUUGACCGAGGGGAUGAGGAUCGUUCAAAUUGGACCCAAGGACUCCCGUGAGAACGAAAACCUGCAGAAGGGCGUGGCACUGCAUCCAGUGGAACUGUUGGGGCGUUGCCUGGGCGAAUAUCGAGGACAUGUGGAUUUGGUGCUGGUGGAGACGCAGGAUCUGGUGCCUAUGUUUGAGGAAGAUUGCCACGGGCUACAGGAGGCCUGCAAAGCAGAGGGCUUGGGCCCCGAGACUAACGGCUACUGGCCCCCCCAUCGGAUCUUCGAUCAUAGCUACGAGAAGACUAUCUGCAUCUACCGAUCCCUGAGACUGCCGGGCUGGUUGGGCAAAGUUUGGACGGUCCUGGAGCAGGGCGAACAGGGUCUCACCUGUCGAGGCCAGCCGCGCAAGAGCAUUCGCUUCAACAAUGUCAACAAUUCCAUGAUCACCACCAGAGUAGAGAGCUGUAAAGAUGCAUGCGCGAAGGAGCUCUGGUGUUCCCAUGUCUUCUACAAGGGGGAGGUGCCUGAGGCGUUUCGAACAGAUUUUGACUUCAUUCCUCCGGACAUGAAGGAAGCCCUGAGGGUUCACAAUGCCACCCGCUCCUCCGACUAUGAGUGCCUCCUCUAUGAGACGUGUCCCAUGGCGAGCAUGAACGAGUCCAAGGAGGAAUUCGUGAAGGUCACCUGUGGUGAGCAUUGCGGGGAGGACAACCAACGCUGCAUGAUGGUGAGGCAAGGCUUCCAGCGCCAGAAGGCGGACAGCUUCCUGGGCCACGGCGAGGAGGGCUGCCGCAAGGCGUGCCGCCAGGCGGUGCAGGACGUGGCGCAGUGCAACGCCUUCGUGUACUCUCCGGCGAAUGGGGGCAGCUGCACCCUCUAUGGGCCCGAUCUUUUCAUGAGGCCGUUUGAGGGUUGGAAGACCUUGGAUGUGAACUAUGUUGGCGCGGUUGGAGAGAUCAUCGACCAAUCCUGUUUUCUGCGCUCUACGGAUCCCUAUCACCAAGGCCAAAUCCGAGAUCGCCAGUUCGCCAAGAGUCCGGGGAUUCUCCUCAGGUUCACAGACAAGACGACCUGUGGCGGUUGCGUGGAGCGAACAUUGUUCAAUUGGCAUGCGUUUGUGGUCCUCCGGGAAUGCAAGAUAUUCAUGAGUUCCGCAAAGCUUUGGGACCGUGAUGACUACAGCCACGAUAUGCAGGACUACUACACCAGAGUUUACUCUCGAAAAGUCCUGAGUCAUUUGAUCACCCUGCUGGGCGCCUGCUACGUGGCGCGGCGUGCGCACACCUCGGUUCAGCUGGGCAAAGCGGCGUUUUCUGGAAAGCCGGUGGUGCACAUGACCAUUGUACAGGAUCCUGCCAACCCAGACAACUUCGAAGUGCGCGAAGCUGCGUAUCGAGAAUUUUUGUCAAAAUGCUGCCAGGUGGCCGAAACCUGCGGCCGGGAGGAUGAAGCAACCCAUGAGGCGCACGAGGUGGAUUGCUGGGAGAAUGGCGCCGAGAAGAUCGUCCCUACCCAUGCCCAUAACUACGAGACCUAUGAUCUGUCGAACAAGCGAAGGACCAAGUGCUUCAUCGACAAGGAGCUUCUGGGCAUCCAGCCAGAUGAAAAAGUCCGGAUGGCGUGGUCAGACACCCCUCGCCAUGGCAUCUACAAGAUGUUGUUCGGCUUCUUGUUCUAUUACCUGGUCUUGUACCUCGUCUCCUGGGUUGCGCCCGAGAGCUUCAAAGCCUUCUGGACAGCCGUAGGAUUUCGACCCUUGUUCCUGGUCAUCAUCCCACUCAUGGUGGUGCUGCACCACUAUGUGGAGCUCCGCCGCGAAGUCGAGUCGCUCUUCGUUUUGACCAGCUGGGGCCGCUUGCUGCAUUUGACGCGGCGGCCGCCGCCCAACGUCUUCCCGGCAGCGCUGUGCCCGGUAUGGUACGGGGGGACCUCCAUACAGCUUGAUAGCUUCAAGAUCGGUCGCAUCUCCUUGGCUCAGCUGGAUAUGCCUGCGAAGCCGCUCCUGGAAGACCGACUGCGCUCUGGCUUCAACGAGGCCUGGCGACGUGGCUCGGUGACGCUGCGGGGCUCUCGUGGGCUGUUGCAGAUUCGACGUGCCGUGACGCGCGGAGUGGGCCAUGAACGGGACAGGGUAAGUGAACAUGGAGAGGCCAGAGUUUGUGGUCCUUCCUUGCCUUGCGCCUUAGAGAUGUAUCAGGGCUUGACCAGCCUGGCUGAGCGCUGCGCGCGUCCCAUCCAGGGCCUGCGUUCCGUGGGGGAUGGGGGCGCAGUCAUCGCAGGACUUUGUCCCAGAGAUGAUGUGCUGAUUCCGGGUGAAAGACAUAUCUGGGAGCACCGGCUGGAUGCUUUUGGAUUCUUUGGAGAUCCCUUCAACUACAGCACCAGGGCAGCAAGCACUCUGUUGUCGCUGAGCGAUCAGCGCAUCUUGGUGACACGCGCGAGAUGGCCAAAGGCCUUCAGUCUGGUGGGUUGCCUCAUUGGCCCACGCACCUGCAGUAACAACUGUAGCAUUUUGAUGGAGCGCUGGGGGCAUUUUCCGUAUGUCACAGUCACUUCGGUGUGGUACGAAUCCCUGGAGUCUUACGUGACACAACGGGUCCGAGCCCCUCCAUUCUGGCCUGGAUGUAUGAAGCCCAUCAUGAGCCUUUCCGUGAAUUUUCUGGAGAAGUGGAUGCAGUCCUACCCUUCAGCGCUUCAAGUGACGCAGCGGCCUUACGGCAUUCCACAAGAGGUGAUCGUGAAGUCCGGACGUCAGAUCUGGCUGCGGUCGGUCGAUCAAGAGGAGAGGCUGCGCAUCAUGCGUUCCAAUGAGCCUGCUGCCCCGCGCGGGCAGUACGUGGAGGAGAUCUGGGAAGGUGGUGAAGAAUUGGACCUUGGCGACAGUUACUGGAGCAAGGACACCUUGGCGCCCGAGGGCGCCACGUUGUUGCUCCAAGCUGGUGACACGGAGUGGGACGGCUAUGCGGACGAGCCCUGGCUUCACCAGAUGCGUGAGAUCUUGGAUCACAUCUCUGGAAGGAGCCAAGCUAGGCCUGAGACCUGGGAAGUCUUGGAAGAAGCUCCGCGGCCCGAGGGACCUGGAGGUGCCUUUCUAGAAUUUUCUGUUUUUAAGAAACAUGUCGAGGCAACAACCAUGAUAUUUUUCUAG